CCUGCCGUGACGAUCCAACACCUCCCAUGAUGGGCCCACACCUACCGUGACGACCCCAAACCUGCACUGAUGACACAACACCAGCCCUGACACACCCACACUUGCCUUGACGAGACCACACCUGCCCUGACAGCCCCAAACCUGCUCUGACAAUCCCACACCUGCCCUGAAAUCCUCACACCUGCUUUGAAAGCCCCACACCUGCCCUGACGAUCCAACACCUUCCAUGAUGGCCCCACACCUACCCUGACGACCCCAAACCUGCACUGAUGACACCACACCUGCCCUGACAGCCCCACACCUGGCCUGACAAUCCCACACCUGCCCUGACAUCCUCACACCUGCCCUGAAAAUCCCACACCUGCCAUGACAGCCCCACACCUGUCCUGACAAUAAUCCUUGAUGGGCCCACACCUGCCCUGCCAACCCUACACCUGCUCUGAUGACCCCACACCUGUACUGAUGACCCCACAUAUCAUUGCCCUAUUUCGUGACAAUCUAUCGUCUGGUGCAGUGGUUCCCAAUCUGGGGGGCAUGCCUCCUUGGGGGGCGUGAGCUAGGUAAAGAGAGGGCGUGAUUCCAUCUGCCAAAAAUUGCAGUUUUGCAAGAAAUAAACACACACACACACACACACACACAUGAAGGAGUAACAAAUGAUGUGGGGCGUGAGGAUUUCUUAUAAAUCAAUAGGGGGCAUCAUGUAAAAAGUUUGGGAGCCACUGGUCUAGUGUCUUUUUAUUUCCUUGGCAUUGGCUUAUGUGUGUCUAUUCAGGGGAAGGGACAGUUAGUUCAUGCAUUAUUUCCCCAUUUCGUAACAUAAUCUAUCACCUUGCGUCCAUUUCUUUCCCAGUAGUUCUUUGUAUUUUUCCAGCAGUUUGUCAUUUUCUUUUCAGUUCCUGUCCAAGAGAUUUUGCCAUAAUUCAGAGGAAGGAGGAAGCACGCUGGUCUGUUGUGUUUCAUCUCGUAAUGUCCUUUUCGUAAUUUCCAGCAGCAGCUUCCAAUUAUGUUUUCACUUUGUGUCACUUUGUAUCUUCCAGAGGUUUGCGAUUAUGCUGUUACUUACUGUCUGGAAAUGCUGCCUUCGUUGUGAGGAUGGAAGAAGUAGCUACAUAUUAUCCUCUGUAUUAGUAUAGCUACACACUAUUAUUCCAUGAUGUAAUCUAUUGCAAUGUAUCUUUUUGUACUUUCCAGCAGCCUGCAAUCAUGCCUUUCCUUCCUGUAUUAAUUGUGAGGAUGGAAGAAGUAGCUACAUAUCAUCCUCUGUAUAUACUAUUAGAAGUAGCUACACUAUUAUCCCAUAUUGUAAUCUAUUGCAAUGUAUCUUUUUGUACUUUCCAGCAGCCUGCAAUCAUGCCCUUCCUUCCUGUAUUAAUUGUGAGGAUGGAAGAAGUAGCUACAUAUCAUCCUCAGUAUGUACUAUUAGAGGCAGGUACAUACUUUCCAUACUGUAAUCUAUCGUAAUGUAUUGUAUUGUAUUUUCCAGCAGCCUGCAAUCAUGCCCUUCCUUCCUGUCUUGAUCUUCCAACACUCAGUUCUAAGCACACAAGCACAUGUUAUCUUAUUCCACCCCUUUGUUCUUCCUCCCUUCCUCAGUAUCUAACCUUUCCUUGUUGGUUUCCAUGAAUAAGUUUUUUCCUUUUUGAGUAUGUCUUCCUAAUGUAACUAUUGGUCUAUGUUUUUUGUUUGUUUGUUCUAGUCCACACACACACACACACACACACACACACACACAUGCAUACAGACACACACCAGAAUUGGUUUGGGAAUUCUAUUUUCUCAUCAGCUUCCUGUCUAUCCCCUGUCUGCCUGUAGCACCAGUAGGCCCUCUUGGACGGCCCCAGCCCACUAGCGGAACAGGCGAAUUUUAUUUAUAGUGGCUGCCGUGAUGUGACUCCUGCUUCAUUUACUGCCCUCAGCUGUUUCCUUUACCAUAAAAAAAAUGUAGGCAUACAUUCAGGGGAGGCGGUGGCUGAGUGGUUAGCGUGCCAGCCUCGCAUUCGGUGCGUUGUCCAUGAUGGUUCGAAUCCGCCGCUAACCACCUGGGAUUUUUCAGUCACCGCCGAGUGGCCUAAGACUACCCACAUGCUGUCCUGAAGACCACCUAUCAACCCAGACUCUAGAAGAAGCUCUGCAGCACAAGUGGAAUCAAGAAUGAGCUCCGGGGGGCAGCAUGAGCCAAUAAUAAUAAUGGCACCACUAUAAACAAUUGCCUGCGCCACGACGGGCUAGGGCCGACCAUCAGGCUCAUAUGGAUUAGCCUACCGGCGCUGUAGGCCACAUGUAAAAAAAAAAAAUCAAAAUGUUGCAUGUAUAUAUAUUUCUUAACCCAUCCGCUGCAAUUGGCACGGAUUUUGCCUUCACUGGUAGCCUGGUAACAUAAUUAUACUCCCAGGCCUUUCUCUGCCUUUGUGGUGGAUAGUGGAGUGUUUCCCAUGUGGUACUGGUGUGCUGGAUAUCCCUUCACUGGUAGCCUGGUAACAUACACUCCCAGGCCUUUCUCUGCCUCUGUGGUGGAUAGUGGCGUGUUUCCCAUGUGGUAUUGGUGUGCUGAAUAUCCCUUCACUGGUAGCCUGGUAACAUACACUCCUAGGCCUUUCUCUGCCUCUAUGGUGGAUAGUGGAGUGUUUCCCAUGUGGUAUUGGUGUGCUGAAUAUCCCUUCACCGGUAGCCUGGUAACAUACACUCCAAGGCCUUUCUCUGCCUCUAUGGUGGAUAGUGGAGUGUUUCCCAUGUGGUAUUGGUGUGCUGGAUAUCCCUUCACUGGUAGCCUGGUAACAUAAUUAUACUCCCAGGCCUUUCUCUGCCUCUGUGGUGGAUAGUGGAGUGUUACCCAUGUGGUAUUGGUGUGCUGGAUAUCCCUUCACUGGUAGCCUGGUGACAUACACUCCCAGGUCUUUCUCUGCCUCUGUGGUGGAUAGUGGAGUGUUUCCCAUGUGGUAUUGGUGUGCUGGAUAUCCCUUCACUGGUAGCCUGGUAACAUACACUCCCAGGCCUUUCUCUGCCUCUGUGGUGGAUAGUGGAGUGUUUCCCAUGUGGUAUUGGUGUGCUGGAUAUCCCUUCACUGGUAGCCUGGUAACAUACACUCCCAGGUCUUUCUCUGCCUCUGUGGUGGAUAGUGGAGUGUUUCCCAUGUGGUAUUGGUGUGCUGGAUAUCCCUUCACUGGUAGCCUGGUAACAUACACUCCAAGGUCUUUCUCUGCCUCUGUGGUGGAUAGUGAAGUGUGUCCCAUGUGGUAUCAGUGUGCUGGAUAUCCCUUCACUGGUAGCCUGGUAACAUACACUCCCAGGUCUUUCUCUACUUCUGUGGUGGAUAGUGGAGUGUUUCCCAUGUGGUAUUGGUGUGCUGGAUAUCCCUUCACUGGUAGCCUGGUAACAUACACUCCCAGGUCUUUCUCUGCCUCUGUGGUGGAUAGUGGAGUGUUUCCCAUGUGGUAUUGGUGUGCUGGAUAUCCCUUCACUGGUAGCCUGGCAACAUACACUCCCAGGUCUUUCUCUGCCUCUGUGGUGGAUAGUGGAGUGUUUCCCAUGUGGUAUUGGUGUGCUGGAUAUCCCUUCACUGGUAGCCUGGUAACAUACACUUCCAGGUCUUUCUCUGCCUCUGUGGUGGAUAGUGGAGUGUUUCCCAUGUGGUAUUGGUGUGCUGGAUAUCCCUUCACUGGUAGCCUGGUAACAUACACUUCCAGGUCUUUCUCUGCCUCUGUGGUGGAUAGUGGAGUGUUCCCAUGUGGUAUUGGUGUGCUGGAUAUCCCUUCACUGGUAGCCUGGUAACAUACACUCCCAGGUCUUUCUCUGCCUCUGUGGUGGAUAGUGGAGUGUUUCCCAUGUGGUAUUGGUGUGCUGGAUAUCCCUUCACUGGUAGCCUGGUAACAUACACUCCCAGGUCUUUCUCUGCCUCUGUGGUGGAUAGUGGAGUGUUUCCCAUGUGGUAUUGGUGUGCUGGAUAUCCCCUCCCAAGG